AUGACGACCAUAAUCAACCCUGAUGGGUACCACUGGGUGAGCGAAUUCGCCCCCGCCUCCUCCCAACGCUUCCUUAGUUACCUCCUCGGCUGGCUCUGCACCCUCGGCUGGCAAGUCAGCAACGCAUCCAUCGCCUUCCUCACGGCCCAACACAUCCAAGGCCUGCUCAUCCUCAACCUCACCUCCUAUUCCCCCCAGCGCUGGCACUUGACUCUGAUGGUCAUCGCUGUCGAAACAAUCUGCCAAGCCUUCAACACCUUCUUCUAUCGCCAGAUGUCCCUGGUCGAGACCCUCUCUUUUACUGUUGGCGGCGGAUGGGGCAACACCCCCCUCGCCUGCCUAGUCGGCAUCCUCAGGCCCAUCUUCAGCCUUUUCGGCUCCGAUUCGGCAACGCACAUGGCCGAGGAGCUGCGCGACGCGAGUAAGUCGUUGCCGAGAGCGAUGAUCGCCACGGCGCUGAUCAACGGCGCGAUGGGGUUUGUCAUGAUUGUGACGUUUUGCAUGGUGUUGGUAAAGGAGGAGGUGUUGGCGACGCAGACGGCGCAGCCUUUUAUUGAGGUGUUUUACAAUGCUGUGGGGAGGGUGAAUAUCAUUGUCAUGAGCUCGAGGCAGCUGUGGGCGAUUGCGAGGGACGGGGUUGUGCCGUUUUCGGGGUGGUUCUCGGUUGUGGAUGCGAGGAGGGGACAUUUGCCGGUGAAUGCGCUGGUGUUUUCCCUUGUCGUGUGCGCGUUGCUGUUCUCGUGCGCCAUCUCGAUCGGUUGCAUGGCGCUCAAGCGUAUCCGCAACGAGUCAUUGCUGCCUUCAAGCUUCAGUCUGGGCCGGUUGGGUCUGGUUCUAAACGUCUUACCCGAACAUGAAGUGCUGUCUCGGCAUGUUUUGCCGGACUCGUUACGCUCGGCUCCCUGUUGA